CGACCCUCCCGGUUUGGGACGCGGCUUGCUCGUGUGGUGUGGUUUCAAAUACCCGCCUUCUCUUUCUUUUUUCCUCUCUCUCUCUCUCUCUCUCUCUUUCUGCCUCUUGUAUCGCCCGCUUCUCGCUCUCUGCUUUCAUUCGCUUCGCCAAUCCGAUCUGAUCUGAGACGUGUUUCAAGGGAGUAUGAAGAACCCUACAUUGAUACUCGUUUAAGUUAAAGAUUUGGGUUUCUUGGAGGUACAUCUAAAUAUUCUGAUCUUUUGUUGGUAUAAAAUGUCAAGUAACAAAGAAGAAAAAGGUGCUCAGGAUGCAGCAGAAAGAAUCAAGGCUGCUGCACUAUCAGCGGCAAAAGGACUUAGCCGUGCCCAAGCUGAGCGAGCUGCUGCUGCUGCAGCCAGAAAUGUCAAUGCCUAUGGGCAGAAGGAAGAAGGACCCAGUAGAUGGCAGGAGAGAAAAGAAGCAAAGAGACAGAUGUAUCUUAUGAGUACUGAGAAACAAGUAAGGCUGGGUGAAAGGAAAGACCCGAAGGCAUCAAUGUUGACCAUUGGUGGGACAGCUUCACAAUGCCAGAAAUGUUUCCAGACUGGGCAUUGGACAUAUGAAUGCAAGAAUGAGCGCGUUUAUAUAUCGCGACCUUCUCGUACCCAGCAACUUAAAAAUCCAAAAUUAAGGAUGAAGUUCUCAAUUUCUUAUGAUUUGGAUAACCCGGACAUUCCAAAGGAUGCGCAGAAAGAGAAGCAUUCCAAGAAAAGCAAGAGGAAGCAUAGGUCUGAUACUGAAUCUCGCAGUGAUAGUGAGGCUUCGGUUUUUGAGUCCGACAGUGGGUCAUCAUCUGUUACUGGUUCUGAUUAUUCUUCAGAAGAGAGUGAUUCAAGCUACAGCUCAUCUACUGAUUCUGAGGAAGAGAGGAGGAGGAAGAAGAAGAAGAAAAAGAAGCAGAGAAAGAGGAGGCACAGGCGGUACAGUUCCAGUUCCGAAUCUUCUGAUUCAGAGUCAGAUUCAGAAUCUGAUUCUGAGGAUAGGAGCAGCCGGAGGAAGAGCAGGAGGCAUAGCAGAAAACGCUAGGCAGUCAAAAGAAGAGGAGAAAAGUUGUGGUAUAAUACCUUUAUGUUGCCUUUCUACCUUUGUUUGUGUCUACAAGGUUUUCAUAACUGUGGGGAUUACUAGGUUGUGAUAUUAGACGUUAUCCUUUCAGUCUUCUUAGCAAUUAUGUGGGCAUGUAAUAAUUUUGGACAAGUGGUUGCUCUUCUUUAUUAAACUUGUAUUUGAUGCUUUACUACUUGACUUCAUAAUGAUACAUCAUGAGCAUUAUUAUUGUGUGAAA